AUGCCUGUUAUCGUCGUUCCGUACUCGCCAGAGUGGCCAGCGCAGUUUCAGCGUAUCGCUGCCGAGCUGCGGCCCGCUCUCACUGGUGUCCCCGUGAUCGCCAUCGAGCACGUAGGCAGCACCUCUGUGCCCGGGCUUGCCGCCAAACCGAUCAUCGACAUUGACAUCCUGGUCGACGAAACCAACCUCGAUGCUGCCCUCGCAGCCGUCCAAACGAUUGGUUACAAGCAUGUGGGAGACAUGGGCGUCCAGGGGCGACACGCCAACAAACACCUCGCCACACAUCCCGUCGAGCCCGACGCGCUCGAGACCGCUCCACGUCCCGCUCUCGGCCCCGGACAAGAAUCAUGUCGGCGCAACCUCUACGUCUGCGUUGACGGCUGUCUCGCGGUCCGCAACCACCUGGGAGUACGAGACGUGCUCCGUGCCAACCCGGACCUGCGCGACGAGUAUGCGGCAACCAAGCUCCGGCUCGCGUCUGACCCGACAAUGGAGAUUCCGGAAUACUUGGAAGGCAAGAGCGACAUCCUCCUCCGCGUCCUCGCGAUGACUGGCAACAUCACCGAUGAAGAGAAGGCAGAGAUUGCAGCCAUCAAUAAAGGCCCCACUGCCAGCGCGAGGCUAGCUUCCAUCGCAUCUCAGCCUGGAUCCCAGUAG